CUCUUACUCCCCAUCAACAUGUCCCUCCGCGCCUCCUCGUCCUCCAUCCUGCGAUCUGGCAUCGCCGCCGGCGCUACUAGAGGAGCAGCAGCUACUUUGCCCCUCCGCAGCGGCGCUGUGGCUCUCCCUCGCCACGCAACACUUCCUCGUGCUCGCGCCCCUGCUGCUCCCCGUAGCUUCUCCACCACCACUCGCCGUGCUGAGGAGUACGAGUCCCCCUUCGGCAUCAACUCUCUCUCCAAGCUGACCGAGGAGGAAGAGAUGCUCCGCGACGCCGUCCGUCGUUUUGCAGAGGAUGUCGUCGCCCCGCGCGUUGAGGCAAUGGACGAAGCAGAGAAGAUGGAUCCGGCAGUUAUCAAGGGCCUCUUUGAGCAAGGUCUCAUGGGCAUCGAGACUGACCCCGAGUUUGGCGGUGCGGGCGGAUCCUUCACGUCGGCCAUCAUCGUCAUCGAGGAGCUUGCCAAGGUCGACGCCUCCGUCUCUGUGCUCUGUGACGUGCACAACACCCUUGUCGACACUGUGAUGCGCAAGUAUGCGAGCAAGGAGCUUCAGGAGAAGUACCUUCCUCAGCUUUCCGAGAGCAAGCUGGGCUCCUUCUGCCUCAGUGAGCCGGCGAGCGGAUCGGACGCCUUUGCGAUGAAGACGAGCUGCAAGAAGUCGGACGAUGGCAAGCACUGGAUCAUCAAUGGCUCCAAGAUGUGGAUCACCAACUCGGCAGAGGCGGACUUCUUUAUCGUCUUUGCGCAAGGCGACCCCUCCAAGGGAUACAAGGGCAUUAGCGCCUUUGCCGUCGAGCGCGAGCAUGGCAUCGAGAUUGCCAAGAAGGAGAAGAAGCUCGGCAUCAAGGCCUCCUCGACGUGCACUGUCAACUUCGACGAGAUCAAGAUUCCCAUCGGCAACCUCAUCGGCGAAGAGGGCAAGGGUUACAAGAUUGCCAUCGAGAUCCUCAACGAGGGCCGCGUUGGCAUCGGUGCCCAGAUGAUCGGUCUCGCCCAGGGCGCCUACGACAAGGCCGUCCGCUACGCCUUUGAGCGCAAGCAGUUCGGCAAGCCCGUCGCUUCCUUCCAGGGCAUGCAGUUCCAGAUGGCUCAGGCCCUCACUGACAUCGAAGCCGCGCGCAUGCUCGUGUACAACGCUGCGAGGCUGAAGGAGGAGGGCAGGCCCUUCACAAAGCAGGCCGCUAUGGCUAAGCUCUUCUCCAGUCAGGUUGCGCAGCGCGUUGCUGGUCAGGCCAUCGAGUGGGCUGGUGGCCAAGGAUUCACGAGGGAGAUGGGACUGAGCAAGUACUGGUGCGACUCCAAGAUUGGGGCCAUCUACGAGGGCACGAGCAACAUCCAGUUGCAGACCAUCUUCAAGCUGUCGCAGGCCGAGAUGGGUUUGUAGAGGUGCCGUGCGUGCUGAUGAUACUCGCCG